AUGCAGCCUCCACACGCCAGUGACACAGCCAAUCGACGGGACCCUCUCGUAGCUCGUCGCUUUGCACAGCAAGGUCUGAAGCAGAAACCUGACAUCAACAAGCACUUGGCUGCACCACAAGCUGUGGAACACGCUAGCCUCAACACCGCCUCAGUAAAGAACAUCGCGAGAUGUCUUCGAAAGCAGCCAGCAUCCGUGUCGCUAGACGUUAGCCAACAUAGCUCGAUUCCACAACAAAGCUUGCAUAGCCGGUCAGGGAAGAUGGGAUCUAAGCACGAGGUCAGCACGCCAGCCAACCACUGCAGCGGCAGCGAACACCUGCACUUGGCCGAGUUCUCGUGUCCAGGUUGGAUUGGAUCCUCGCGGCAACGACAUUGGACCAUGCCGUUGUGA